UAGCAGUGGCGGCGGCGAUGACAGAGAAUGUAACGGCUCGCUGUUUGCUCGCUCCCUCGCUCGCCGGCGCCUAUACUCUUUUGGCACUAGGAUCCAGUGGUAUCGCGCAGCUCCCUCCCACCUUCCCUCCCCUUUCUCGCCUGUUUUAAAGUCUCUGCCAGAGUCGGGCUCACAUGUUACUUCCUGGAUGGAAGAAUGGAAAGCUUCCAGCUCGGCUGCAACUACUCCUUUCCUACUUGUCCAAGAGCCGCCGCUCCGACCUGCACGGACUACCGCCUUUCGUAGCCGUUUCCGCAGUUUUUCCUUCGGCCGGGCCCUUGAGCGUGGCCCUCGUCUCGCGUGGCCGUGGGAAUAUGGUAAAGCUCGGCUCGUGAAGGUGUUUUUUCGGGCAGAAGUUCUUUGCGAUCCUAACUUUAUUCCUGGAAUCGGUGGCUCGCGGUUGUUGCUGCCGCUGGUGCAUUUGGCUUUUCAGUUAUUUGUUUUUUUGCUGCAAUUUUACCUUUGCCUUUUUGAAGCGAUUCUUGGGAACAAUAAACUUUGACCACCGGGCUUUUUUUAUUUCCCUUUGCUUCGAUGUGUAUAGUGACAUGCGGAGGCUACUGGAACCGUGCUGUUGGUGGAUCAUUUCUUUGAUUUUAUCGUUCUUCCCGUUUGGAUUGGUGGAUUGCCAUCCCGCUCGGACAGAAGGUCAGGUUGGAUUUCUACGAGGAAGGAGACAUGGUGCUGGACCACAGAUGCGGCAGAGAAGAGCCUCCUCUAUCCCAUACUGGGCCUACUCAGGUACCUAUGGACCUGACAGCUGGGCCUCACAUAACCCCGACUGCAGAGGGAAGAACCAGUCCCCGGUUGAUAUUGUAGACCAAGAUGCUAAAGUCUCUCUGGAAAACCAGGAGCUCUUCCUGGAGGGCUUUGAGGUGGAGUCAUCUAACAAGACAUGGAUGAAGAACACUGGGAAGACUGUUGCCAUUCUCCUGAAGGAUGACUAUUUUGUACGAGGUGCUGGACUUCCGGGCCGAUUCAAAGCGGAGAAAGUGGAGUUCCACUGGGGCCAAAGCAAUGCUUCCGCUGGCUCUGAGCACAGCAUCAAUGGCAGACGCUUUCCUGUUGAGAUGCAGAUUUACUUUUAUAACUCGGAUGACUUUGACAGCAUCAGGUCUGCACUUUUGGACAAGAGGAUCAUCGGUGCCAUGGCAGUUUUCUUUCAGGCGGGGUACAGGAACAACCCAGCAGUGGAGCAGAUCAUUCAUGGGCUCAAAGGGGUGGUCCACCAUGAAAAAGAAACGUUCCUGGAACCCUUUGUGCUGAGAGACUUGCUUCCUGCCUCAAUUGGGAGUUACUACCGCUACACCGGCUCUCUGACUACGCCACCAUGUAGUGAGACCGUGGAGUGGAUCGUGUUCAGUCGUCCGGUCUUCAUCUCCUAUCAGCAGCUGGAGGCCUUUUAUUCUAUAUUCACCACGGAGCAGCAAGAUCAUGUCAAGUCAGUAGAAUAUCUGAGGAACAACUUCAGGCCACAACAGAGCCUGGGCAGCAGAGUGGUCUACAAAUCAGCUGUGAAGGAUGCAUGGAGUCAAGACAUGUCGGACAGCCUGGGGAACCCGUAUGGAACCGAGUCGUCAAAAGCCUGCAGCUCUCCUCCCAUCAACAUGAAGGUGCAGCCUGUUAAUAAAACAGCACUGGUGGUGAGCUGGAACAGACCAGAAGUCGUCUACCAUCCGCCAAUCAUCAACUUCGUGAUUUCCUACAGCUGGACCAAGAAUGAGGAACCCAACGAGCAAACCUUCAUCAAGGACAGUGACCAAGACCUGGAAGCCGUCAUCAACCAUGUCUCUGCAGACAUCCUGUACCUGUUCCGAGUCCAGGCCGUGUGUCAGAAUGACAUGAGAAGCGACUUCAGUCAAACGAUGCUCUUUCAAGCCAACACAACCAGAAUAUUUGAAGGCACCCGAAUAGUGAAAACUGUAAUGCCUACAGAAUCUCCUGCACCUGCUGAUAUGGCACCCAUCAGUUCAGGGUCUUCUACGUGGACUUCUUCUGGCCUUCCCUUUUCUUUUGUAUCCAUGGCUACUGGCAUUGGUCCUUCAUCCAGUGGCAGCCAAGCAACAGUAGCUUCUGUGGUGACCAGCACCUUCUUGGCAGGCCUGGGCUUCAGCGGCGGAGUCAUAUCUUCAUUUCCCAGUUCAGUCUGGCCAACUCGGUUGCCACCGGCAUCUUCAGCCACCACCAAACAGACUGCAAAACCUGUGGUACCAACCUCUGAGCCAGCGACAACUCCGGCCUCCGAUGGAGAUGCUGCCAUUGCUAAAGAAAAAGAAGGUGGGGAUGAAGGAGAAAAGGACAGCAAAGGAGAGGGUGAGGAAGGUGAAAAGGAAGGAGAAGAAGAGGGAGACAAGGGGAAUGAAGAGAAGAAAAAGGUGGCGGGAGAUGUGUCAGAGACUCACGAAAAUAAGACUGAGCCUAAAAUCACCACCACAGCCACCCCAGCAUCAACCGCCAAGGAGAAAGAGCAGAACGAGAGUCUUGUUGUUUCCCAUGACUUGGAGGACCGCGUCAUUCCCACUCUUGCAGCUGAAGACCAGAUUGUGAAGGACAUAAAUGGCACCUCCAGCAAUGUGUUAGAAACCACAACCAGUGAGUCUGUUUUAACGACUAGAGGACGGGCGCUGGGUGAAGAACCAAGGGCUCCAACGAUCCAUCCGAAAGCAGCAGAUGAUGAAAGCACUGAUGAAAAGAGAAGGAGUGGCAUUGACAGGACUUUUAUCUAUACAGAAAAUAACAGCGUCUCGAACAUGGCCAACUCGGGCCAUUCCUCAGCCAAGUUGGAGUGGAUCAUUCCUCUGGUGGUCGUCUCGGCGCUUACAUUUGUCUGCCUGAUUCUCCUCGUGGCUGUGCUUGUUUACUGGAGAAAAUGUUUCCAAACUGCCCAUUUUUAUGUGGAGGAUAGCAGUUCCCCGCGGGUGGUCCCUAAUGAAAGCAUUCCGAUUAUCCCAAUUCCAGAUGACAUGGAAGCCGUACCAGUCAAGCAGUUCAUGAAGCAUAUCGGCGACCUUUACUCCAAUAAUCAGCAUGGCUUUUCAGAGGAGUUUGAGGAGGUACAGCGCUGUACAGGUGACAUGAACAUCACAGCUGAACACUCAAACCACCCGGACAACAAGCACAAGAACAGAUACAUCAACAUUGUCGCCUAUGACCACAGUCGGGUGAAGUUGCGGCCUUUAGCUGGAAAAGACUCAAAGCACAGUGACUACAUCAAUGCCAAUUAUGUCGAUGGCUACAACAAGUCAAAAGCAUACAUUGCCACCCAGGGUCCCCUGAAAUCCACUUUUGAAGAUUUCUGGAGAAUGAUUUGGGAGCAAAACACAGGCAUCAUUGUCAUGAUCACGAACCUCGUGGAAAAAGGAAGGAGAAAAUGUGAUCAGUAUUGGCCAACAGAAAACUCCGAAGAAUACGGCAGCAUAAUUGUCACCCUGAGGAGUACGGACAUACGUGCCUGUUAUACUGUGCGGCGCUUUACACUCAGGAACACAAAAGUAAAAAAGGGGCAGAAAGGUAACCCUAAAGGCAGACAAAAUGAGCGAACUGUAAUACAAUACCAUUACACACAGUGGCCGGACAUGGGGGUACCAGAGUAUGCUUUACCAGUUCUCACAUUUGUGAGAAGAUCUUCAGCUGCAAGAACGCCAGAGAUGGGACCAGUGCUGGUCCACUGCAGUGCCGGAGUUGGGAGGACAGGAACGUAUAUCGUCAUCGACAGUAUGUUACAACAGAUAAAAGACAAAAGCACAGUCAACGUCCUGGGGUUCCUCAAACACAUCAGGACGCAGCGGAACUACCUCGUCCAAACAGAGGAACAGUAUAUCUUCAUCCAUGAUGCCUUGCUGGAAGCAAUCCUUGGAAAAGAAACAGAAGUCCAGGCCAGUCAAUUGCACAGCUACGUCAACAGCAUCCUCACCCCAGCGGUGGGUGGCAAGACGAGACUAGAAAAGCAAUUUAAGCUGGUGACGCAGUGUAACGCUCGCUAUGUGGAAUGUUUCAGCGCUCAGAAGGAAUGCAACAAGGAGAAAAACCGAAACUCUUCUGUGGUGCCAUCUGAGCGCGCCAGAGUUGGACUGGCACCUUUACCAGGGAUGAAGGGAACAGACUACAUUAAUGCCUCCUAUAUUAUGGGUUACUGCCGGAGCAAUGAGUUCAUCAUUACACAGCACCCUUUGCCUCACACCACUAAAGACCUCUGGAGGAUGAUCUGGGACCACAACGCACAAAUCAUUGUGAUGCUGCCAGAUAACCAAGGCCUGGCUGAAGAUGAGUACGUGUAUUGGCCAAGCCGGGAAGAAUCGAUGAACUGUGAGGCGUUUACUGUAACCCUUAUCAGCAAAGACAGACUGUGCCUCUCCAAUGAAGAGCAAAUUAUCAUCCAUGAUUUCAUCCUGGAAGCAACACAGGAUGACUACGUGCUAGAAGUUCGUCACUUCCAGUGCCCAAAAUGGCCAAAUCCAGAUGCUCCAAUCAGCAGCACUUUUGAACUUAUCAAUGUCAUCAAGGAAGAGGCUUUGACGCGUGACGGUCCAACGAUCGUCCAUGACGAGUUUGGUGCAGUUUCGGCAGGAAUGUUCUGUGCCCUUACUACCUUAUCUCAACAGCUCGAGAGCGAAAAUGCUGUGGAUGUUUAUCAGGUGGCAAAAAUGAUCAACCUCAUGAGACCAGGGGUGUUUACAGAUAUUGAACAAUACCAAUAUCUAUAUAAAGCAAUGCUCAGCUUGGUCAGCACCAAGGAGAACGGAAACGGCCCUGUGCUAAUGGACAAAAAUGGCGCUGUUGUUGUGACAGACGAAUCGGACCCCGCAGAAAGCAUGGAGUCUCUAGUUUGAAGUUGGAGGCACUUACUUUAUUAAACCUAAAGGACUAGGCAGACUUUUUUGAGGCCUUUUUUUGCCAGACUCUAGUAAAAAAAAAAAAAAUUAAAAAAAAU